GAAAAAAAAAAAUUCUUUAAUGGCUGGUAUUAUUAGAAAAAAUUUAGUUUAUGCAGCGCUCGAUAAAGCGGAUUCUUUGACGGAUUUUGAAAAAUACAAAAACAUAGAUAGCCGUUAUGAAUUUAAAAAGGAAACGGUUCUUAACGAUGAAACUCUUAAUGAAAAUGAAAAAAUCGAAGCUAUAAAAAUAUUGACUAAGGAUUACGAUUAUUUUAAAGUACUUUACAAUACGGGAACAAAAAGAUUGUGUAAAGAAUGUCAAAAAGAAUGUUUAGCCACAUUAUAUUGUGAACAUUGUAUUCGAAUCUUUUUGAAAAAUAAUUUUUCGAAUUGGACAUCUAAUAAUAAUGAUAUUGAUAGUUUAUUACAAAGAUGUCAAGAAGAAUCAUUUCGUCCAAACAAAAUACUUGAAUGGAUACCAUACGAAAAACUACAAAAUAUUGAAUAUUUGACUAGAGGCGGUUGUUCUGAAAUUUAUACAGCAGAUUGGAUUGACGGACAAUACAUCGAGUGGGAUCAAGUCAAUAAGCAAUUAAAAAGAACCGGAUCUCAUAAAGCAAAAGUUCAUUUAACUAUUGGGAACAAAAGUACUGAGAUCGUUAAAUGUUAUGGGUUAACCCAAGAGCCAAAAAAUGGAGUUUAUAUGCUUGUGAUGCAAUUAAUGGAUACGAAUUUAAAAAAAUAUUUAAAUAAUCAUCAUCCGCUUACGUGGAAAGAAAAAAUAAAAAUAUCUUAUGAUAUUGUAGAUGCGCUUCAUAGUAUUCAUAGUAAUAAUGCGAUUCAUAGAGAUCUGCAUUCCGGAAACAUUCUAUAUCUGAAAUCCAAAAAUUAUUGGUAUAUAAGUGAUUUCGGAUUUUGUGGACCUGCUGAUAAAUCACUAAACAGUGUAUAUGGAAAUCUUCCUUACAUAGCACCUGAAGUUUUAAUUAGAAAAGAAAGUACUUUUAAAUCUGAUAUAUACAGUUUUGGUAUGCUCAUGUGGGAAAUUGCAUCGGAACAAACACCUUUUAAUAAUUGUAAACAUGAUUUUUAUCUUGCAAUGGGUAUAGUUAAUGGUUUGAGACCACGAAACAUAUCAGGGAUUCCAUCAGAAUAUAAAGAAUUAAUGAAAAAAUGUUUAGAUGCUGAUCCCUUACAAAGACCCGAUAUUGAUACUCUUUUUAAUGAGAUUGAAAAAAUGUGGAAAAACUCUUACACUGAGCCUGAAUUUUUAUUAGCUCCUAUUUUAUUGUUUCCCCGAAAUUUUCAACCUAGUUCAAGUUCUAAGUUACAUUCAUUAUCAACCAGUAGUAAACUUCAUCGAUUUAAAAACUUACCAGAACCAGUAAAUGCGAUUGGAGAACUAGAACCAUUUCAUAGCAGACCAUAUGACUUCAAUAUACCUCAUACUCGUAAUUUGGAAAUCACUUCCGAAGAUGAAGCAGAACAAAAAUCGAAAUUCUUUGAAAUAAUAUAUUAUUUUAUAGAACGCAUUAAAAGAAUAUUUGAGGUGUUUUUUUUUUACUAAAGAUAUUAUUG